AUGGCGAAUAUUGACAAGGUGCUAAUGUCGUUGUCCUUAGAGGAAGAGGAGGACGUCCCGUUUGUUCUGCCUAAUCUACCUAAGUACUGCUCAUGUGAGAAAAACAUGAUGAGUAUCAUGGGGAGGACUUUGAACUCGGAGUGUCCGAAUAUGGCUGAUCUCAUCUUGGAUAUGCCUCAGAAAUCGAUGGGUGGAAAAGCCACCGGAGAACUACAUGAAGUUUAUGCCAGUGUGGAUUCGGAAUCGCAACAUCCCGGUCAACUAUUAUACGGAAGCAUCUAUGAUCUGGAGGACAUCAUCAGUAAGGUGGAGGAGAUUGAUUUUGAUCCUGAGAAACCACAAAGCAGAGAUUACGUGCGUGUCAAGGUUAACUUUGAUGUAUCAAAGCCUGUGAAGAUCAAAGGUUGUGAUUCUUCCCGAUGGGGGAACCACUACGGUUUGGAUAAAUGCCCGUUGCUCAUUAAGAUGAGAAGAGACAAGGCAGAGGCUCGAAGAAAGAGUGUUAUUGAGGACAAACAGAGUGUUGAGCCGAUCCUGAAGGAAAGUGAUCCAAUCUUUGGCGUUUUGAGUGAGGAUCAAGUUGGUGUGGAUCCAAACUCGGGUCGUCUGAAGAUUAAUCCGGAAGUCCUUCAAGAAAUGAGGCUGCUUGAACAUGCACUAGUGAUAUCUCGCAAUGUUGACAAAGGAAAAGGUCCAGUGUACACAGUGGGAUCGGAACAGAAAAGCAAUGGAGAGUCGAAGGCAAAUAAGACUGGAGAAAAGCUAAUGGCGUCUGUAAUAAAUACUGGUAUUGCGAUGAGGAGAAUCCCAAAUGGUGAGACCACACUUUCGGAGAGAGCAGCAGAAAACUUUGAAUCUGAGAACUCUGUUUUCAGGACUUGUUCAGUGGGUUUUGAAACUGGUUCUUCGGAUGCAAGCUCAUCUGGAGUGAGAACUAGGAAACCGACGGAUAAAAGGAAGAUCACUCCAUCGAUCGAACCACACGAAUCAGAGGAACAAAAGCUAAAACCGAUGGCACGCCAAGAAAGAGUGUGGGAGACACAAUUGGAGUAUCUCCGCAGAAAAGGAAGGCUGUUGAGGAAGAGGUGGUAG